GCCUAGGGCGCGUUCACCUGCUGCCGUUGUCGCCGCCGCCGCCGCCGCUGACGGGGCUGGAUGGGGGGCCGAGGCCAGCCAGGGGCACCCAGAAAGAAGAGACGCGGCGGCGGCGACGCCGACACCCGCACGACAAGCGCCCCGAGGUGCCCGCGAGCUCCACAGGAAGGCGGCGAGGCCCGGGCCCAGCCUCCCCGCGGGUAGAGACGCCGCCGACCCCUCGCCGCGCCAUGUUCAAGAAGCUGAAGCAGAAGAUCAGCGAGGAGCAGCAGCAGCUGCAGCAGGCGCUAGCCCCUGCUCAGGCUUCCUCCAGCUCUUCAACACCAACAAGGACUAGAAGCAGGACAUCUUCAUUUACAGACCAGCUUGAUGACGCGACACCCAACAGAGAGCUACUAGCCGGGAUGGUAGCCGAGCCUGCCUUUCUCUCUGAAUACACUAUCUUUGCUUUGGAUCCCUCCAAACAGCCCAAAGCACAGACUGGCAGUGUGAAUGCAUCGACUCAGGCAACGAAAUCUCCAGAUGGAGUUAAUAGAGAGGAGUCAUCCCCGUCUCAGUCAGGUGACACACAGACUUUUGCACAGAAGCUGCAGCUCCGAGUGCCUUCUAUGGAGUCUCUGUUUCGAAGUCCCAUAAAGGAAUCCCUGUUUCGGUCUUCUAAAGAGUCUUUGGUCCGGACAUCUUCCAGAGAGUCCCUGAACCAAGUUGACCUGGACUGUGCUGCUGCCACCUUUGAUCCACCUUCUGAUAUGGAGAGCGAGGCUGAAGAUGCUCCAUGGAGCUCAGACAGCCUCAGCAGGGAGCAGCUGCUCCAGCGCUUGCGCAGGAUGGAACGGAGCCUGAGCAGCUACCGAGGGAAGUACUCCGAGCUGGUCACAGCGUUUCAGACUCUUCAGAGAGAGAAGAAAAAGCUACAAGGUAUAUUGAGUCAGAGUCAAGAUAAAUCACUUCGGAGAAUUUCAGAAUUAAGAGAGGAGCUGCAAAUGGACCAGCAAGCAAAGAGACACCUGCAGGAGGAGUUUGACGCCUGUGUGGAGGAGAAGGACCAGUACAUCAGUGUUCUCCAGACUCAGGUUUCUCUUCUAAAGCAACGAUUACAGAAUGGCCCAAUGAGUGUUGAUGUUCCAAAACCACUCCCUCCAGUGGAGCUCCAGGCAGAAGCGCACAGUGACGUGGAGAAGCUGGAGGAGAAGCUGGAGGAGAAGCUGGAGGAGAAGCUGGAGGAGAAGCUGGAGGGUGUCGGGGAAGCAGUGGGAGGUGGGACGUCUGCUAAGACCCUGGAGAUGCUCCAGCAGAGAGUGAAACGUCAGGAGAAUCUGCUUCAGCGCUGUAAGGAGACAAUCGGGUCCCAUAAGGAGCAGUGCGCACUGCUGCUGAGCGAGAAGGAGGCACUGCAGGAGCAGUUGGAGGAAAGGCUGCAGGAGCUGGAGAAGAUGAAGGAGCUUCAUAUGGCUGAGAAGACUAAACUUAUCACUCAGUUGCGUGAUGCAAAGAACUUAAUUGAACAGCUUGAACAAGAUAAGGGAAUGGUAAUAACAGAGGCGAAGCGGCAAAUGCUUGAGACCCUGGAACUGAAAGACGACGAAAUUGCCCAGCUUCGUAGUCAUAUUCAGCGGAUGACUACCCAGGGAGAGGAACUGCGGGAGCAGAAGGAAAAGUCUGAAAGAGCUGCUUUUGAGGAACUCGAAAAAGCCUUGAGUACAGCCCAAAAAACUGAAGACGCACAGAGAAGAAUGAAGGUGGAGAUGGAUGAGCAGAUAAAGGCUGUUGAGAGAGCGGGCGAGGAGGAGCGCCUCCGCCUUCAGCACGAACUCAGUCGGGUGAGGCAGGAGGCUGUCAGCAUGGCGAAAAAGAACUCAGAGCAACACGCUGACCUUCAGAAGCUGCAUGCGGAGCAGCUGGCCAGCAAAGAGCAGGAGCUGAGCCGGAAGCUGGAGAGCCGGGAGAGGGAGCUGCAGGAGCAGAUGAGGAUGGCCCUCGAAAAGAGUCGAUCAGAAUAUUUGAAGCUCACCCAAGAAAAAGAGCAGCAAGAAUCCUUGGCUUUAGAGGAGUUAGAGCUGCAGAAAAAAGCCAUACUUACAGAGAGUGAAAAUAAACUGCAGGGACUUCGGCAAGAAGCAGAGGCGCACCGAACCAGAAUUCGUGAGUUGGAAACGUCUUUGGAAAAAAGCUUACAAGAAAGCAGAACUCAGUCCGAGCACUGGGCUGUUCAUCUGGAAGCUGAGAAGAACAAGCACAAUACAGAGCUCACGGCCCUGGCGGAGAAGCACAGGACAGAACUGGAGGGCCUCCAGCAGCAGCAGCACAGCCUGUGGACCGAGAGACUCCAGAGCCUCUCGCAGCAGCACCAGGCUGCUGUGGAGGAGCUCAGAGAGAAGUAUCAGCAAGAAAAGGAUGCAUUGCUGAGGGAGAAGGAGCGUCUCUUCCAGGCCCACGUACAAGACAUGAAUGAAAAGACCUUGGAGAAGCUCGACAAGAAGCAACUGGAACUGGAAUCUGUGUCUUCUGAGCUGUCAGAAGCACUGAAAGCCCGGGACCAGCUUGCAGAGGAGCUUUCUGUCCUAAGGGGGGACGCAGAUAAAAUGAAGCAGGCUUUAGAGGCCGAGCUGCAGGAGCAAAGGCGUCACCACCAGCGUGAGGUUGACAGCAUCAGUGAGCAACAAGAAAUAACCGUCCGCAGAACCGAGAAGGCACUGAGAGAUGAGCUCAGUCAGCUGGGGGGGCUCCUGAAGGAGAAGGACGAGCACCUCCAGGAGCGUCAGGCCCAGGUACACGAUCUUGAAGCUCGUCUUCAGAAGUCUGCUGAGGAGCUCCAGCAGGCCUUGGCCAAGCUGGGCCUCCUCCAGGCUCAGCAGAGCACCGCACAUGCGCAGACAGGCGCGUAUGAGGAGCAGCUGGCCCAAAUGCAGCAAAAGGUGUCGGACCUGGAAACAGAGAAGAACCUUCUGACCAAGCAGGUGGUUGAAGUGGAAACACAGAAGAAGCAUGUGUGUGUGGAAUUGGACGCUCAGAGAGCUCAGGUCCAGCAGCUCGAGAGACAGAGGAGUGAACUGGAGGACAAGGUCAAAUCCUUAGCCCAGCUCCAGGAGUCUCAGCUCAAGAACAGCCAUGUGGAGAAAGAGCAAGCACAGCAGAUCCUGACGGAAAAGGAAAAUGUCAUUUUACAGAUGCGAGAAGAACAGGCCAAGGAAAUGGAGAUCCUCAAACAGAAAUUGUCUUCUAAAGAAGAGAGCAUUAGUAUUUUACACGAGGAAUAUGAAACCAAAUUUAAAAAUCAGGAAAAAAGAAUGGAAAAAAUUAAGCAGAAAGCAAAAGAAAUGCAAGAAAUGAAGAAAAAGUUGUUGGAUCAGGAAGCCAAGCUUAAAAAAGAGCUUGAAAAUACUGUCCUAGAGCUUAGUCAGAAAGAGAAGCAGUUCAAUGCCAAAAUCCUGGAAAUGGCACAGGCUAACUCGGCUGGAAUUAGCGACACGGUGUCGAGACUAGAGGAGAACCAGAGGCAGCAGAUAGAGAGCCUGACCGGGGCUCAUCAGCGAGAACUGGAUGAUGUCAUAGAGUCCUGGGAAAGGAAACUCAGUCAGCAGGCUGAAGAGCUUCGGGACCAGCAUGAGAAGCUGAUAGAGGAGAAGGAGCAGGAGCUUGGGGAGCUGAAAGAGCUUCGGGACCAGCAUGAGAAGCUGAUAGAGGAGAAGGAGCAGGAGCUUGGGGAGCUGAAGCAGAAGGUCCUCACAGUCCAGUCUGAAAAAGAGGAGGUGACUCAGGAAGUGGCGCGCCUGACAGAGGCAGUCACUGGGCAGGACGUGACCCUAGCUGGCCUGCAGGGGCAGCUGGAGCAGAAGUCUGCUGCCGUCCUCGCUCUUUCAGACAGUCACGCUCAGUUGCAGUCACAAGUGGAAAAGCUGGAAGUUGAUUUGGGUUGUGCUCUGAAUGAAAAGCUUUCUCUUCAAGAGGAGCUGGCUGAGCUGAAAAUGCUGGCAGAGAGGGAGAAGCUCAGGGUCUCCGAGCUGACUGGCAAGGUGCAGGCUGCAGAGGAGGAGCUUCAGAGCUGUAAGUCCUUACAUGAGGUCAGCAGGAAGAGCUUGGAGGACAAAAGCUUGAACCUCAGAACCUUGCUUGAGGAGCUAGCAUCUCAGCUAGACCGUCACUGUGAGAGAACUAAAGCUUUGUUAGAAGCCAAAACAAAUGAGCUGGUCUGCACCAGCCGGGACAAAGCUGACGCUCUUCUCGCCAGGCUGUCCCGCUGCCAGCGGCACACAGCCACAGUUGGGGAAGCCCUGCUCAGGAGAAUGGGCCAAGUUUCUGAAUUAGAAGCACAACUUACACAGUUGACAGAGGAGCAGUGUACACUAAAGAACUCUUUUCAGCAAGUUACUAAUCAAUUGGAAGAAAAAGAAAAUCAGAUUAAGACCAUGAAGGCCGAUAUGGAAGGUCUUAUCGCAGAAAAAGAAGCCUUACAGCAAGAAGGAGGCCAGCAGCAGCAGGUGGCCUCUGAGAAGGAGUCGUGUAUCACACAGUUGAAGAAGGAGUUGUCAGAGAACAUCAAUGCUGUCACACUACUGAGAGAGGAACUCUCGGAGAAGAAGUCUGAGAUCGCCAGUCUGAGCAAGCAGCUAAGUGACGUCAGGGCUCAGUUGGAGAACAGCAUCAGCCCGAGCGACAGGGCCGAGGCCAUCUCUGCACUGAGCAGGCAGCAUGAGGAACAAGAGCUGCAGCUGCAAGCUCAGCUUCGGGAGCUGUCUUCAAAAGUCGAUGCUCUGAGUAAGGAGAAAAUGUCUGCCCUGGAGCAGGUAGAUCAUUGGUCUAACAAGUUCUCAGAGUGGAAGAAGAAAGCACAGCCCAGAUUUGCGCAGUACCAAAGCAUGAUUAAAGACCUGCAGACACAGCUUGACCUAAAAGCCAAAGAAGCUGGUGAAAAGGAUGAGCAGAUACGCUUGUUGAAGGAAGACCUUGAUCAGCAGAAUGAAAGGUUUGAAAGUUUAAAGGGCGAGAUGGAAGACAGCAAGAGCAAGAUGGAGAAAAAGGAGUGUGAUCUAGAGACUGAGUUAAAGACUCAGACAGCUAGGGUCGUUGAAUUAGAAGACUGUAUUACUCAGAGGAAAAAAGAAGUAGAGUCCCUAAAUGAAGCCCUCAGGAAUUACAGCCAGCAGAGGGACACUGAGCACAGUGGACUGGUUCAGACACUUCAGCGCCUGGAAGAGCUGGGGGAAGAGAAAGACAACAAGGUUAGGGAGGCUGAGGAGACGGUCCUGGGGCUGAGGGAGCGCGUGUCCUCGCUGGAAGCUGAACUCCGAGUUGUGAAGAAGGAACUAGACGAUGUGAAUUCAAGUGUGAAAAGCAGAGACGGGGAGCUGAAAGCGUUAGAAGACAAACUUGAGUUAGAAAGUGCUGCGAAAGUGGAGCUGAAGAGGAAGGCGGAGCAGAAGAUCGCCGCCAUCCGGAAGCAGCUCUUGUCUCAGAUGGAAGCGAAGGUGCAGCAGUGUGCGAAGGACACAGAGAGCCAGCUGAGUGAGCUGAGUGCAAAGUUACAGGACAGAGAAAAGCAAGUCCACAUCCUAGAAGAAAAACUUAAAAACCUAGAAAGUUCUCCACACCCAGAAAUAGCAGUUGUGUCAAGAUCCAUGGGAAAUGUGGCAGCGUCCCCUGAGCAAGAGGCAGCAGAUUCCCAAGAGUGCACACAGGAGGCACGCAAGGAGAGAGUCUGCGUGCUGCAGAGAAGUGUGAUCGAGAAAGAGAAGCUGUCACAGAGGUCGGAGCAGGGCGAACGGGAGGCGCUGCAGCAGGGCGAACGGGAGGCAGCGCCGUCUCAGUCUGAGGUUCAGCACAGGGAACUCUCUGUGAAGUUAGAUCACGCCAGAGCCAAGCAGCUCGAGGAUCAGGUUUUGAUAGGAUGUCUUCAAGAAGAACUAGAAGAAAGGAUGAAGUGUCCCUUAAUUCUGUCCCAGCCCAUGGGAGAAGAAACUGGUAAAAACAACACAGGAGUGAAGCAAAAUUGGGCAAGUAUCAUUGACACUGUCCAGAAAACGCUCCAGGAAAAGGAGCUGAGCUGCCAGGCCCUGGAGCGAAGGGUGAGAGAGCUGGAGUCAGACUUAAUAACAGAGAGGGGCGCCCAUAGACUUGAAGUGGAAAAGUUGACCUUAAAAUAUGAAAAAUCACAAUCUCCACAGCAAGAGAUGGGUGGGAAAAAUACGUCUGUAGAAAUUUUGGAAGACAGGCCUGAGGAAAAUUCCAAAUCCCAUGUGAUAGAAUCGAAACUGGGGACCCCCAUGGACGGCCGGCACAGUGACCUGGAGUCGAAGUUAGCAGGGUCAGAGCGGGAAAAGCAGAAGCUGAGCAAGGAGGUGGGGAGGCUGCAGAAAGAUCUCCGAGCUCUGAGAAAGGAGCAUCAGCAGGAGCUGGACAUCCUGAGGAAGGAAUGUGAGCAGGAAGCAGAGGAAAAGCUCAAACAGGAGCAAGAGGAUCUUGAGUUGAAGCACAGCUCCACACUGAAGCAGCUGAUGCGGGAGUUUAACACCCAGAUGGCACAGAAGGAGCAGGAGCUGGAGAGAACUGUCCAGGAGACCAUCGAUAAGGCCCAAGAGGUGGAAGCUGAACUUCUGCAAAGCCACCAAGAAGAGACACAGCAGCUGCAUAGAAAGAUUGCGGAGAAAGAGGAUGAUCUGCAAAGGACGGCCAGAAGAUACGAGGAGAUACUUGAUGCCCGGGAAGAAGAAAUGACUGCAAAAGUAAUGGACCUGCAGACCCAGCUGGAGGAGCUCCAGAAGAAAUACGAGCACAGGCUAGAGCAGGAGGAGAGCGCCAAGGACAGUGUUACAGUUCUGGAGCUACAGACACAGCUGGCCCAGAAGACCACCCUGAUCAGCGAUUCCAAGCUGAAGGAGCAGGAGUUGAGAGAGCAGGUCCAUAAUUUAGAAGACCGUUUGAAAAGCUAUGAGAAGAGUGUAUGUGCAGCAGCUGUGGGGGCACCUUACAGAGGUGGCAAUUUGUACCACACUGAGGUCUCACUCUUCGGAGAACCUACUGAGUUUGAAUAUUUGCGAAAAGUGCUGUUUGAAUAUAUGAUGGGUCGAGAGACCAAGACCAUGGCCAAAGUUAUAACUACUGUCCUAAGAUUCCCUGAUGAUCAAGCUCAGAAAAUUUUGGAAAGAGAAGACGCUCGGCUGAUGUUCACCUCACCUCGCAGUGGCAUCUUCUGAUAACCGUCAGUCUGUGCUUAGUAAGCAUGUGUCAUGGCUCCGAACCUCAUCCUGAAGAAAUGGGGAGACUGAGGCUGGGCAUCCGCUGCUGAGGAAGCUGCCCUCCCACAUGUGGUGUUUGUGGAGAAUGGCGCUGUCAUCAUGGGCCAUUCGUGUAGCUUGAAGACACGUUACCCUGGCCACAGAUACAUAGCUUUUGAAGCAGACAUUCUUGGUGGGGAAAUGGUGAUAGUUUUGUUCUUUUUCAUUCAGUUUUUUUCUGGGAAGUUCUCUGUGGUUCAAAGGCUGUUCUGACCGGCCACCCGACUUGGCUGUUCAGUGUCUUUCUUGGGUUCUUCUCCCUCUCUUUAAAGAACUAUCUUCCUUAUUUAUUUUAGGGUGGUUUCUUUUUCUUCUUAAAGACUUGUGCAAUACAUUUUGAGGUGAAACUUAGUGAAUUUUUUUCUGAUAAAUUAGAGAAUUUAAUUGACUAUUUGCUAAGGCUUGCUUCUUCAAGCUAUGAUAAGUCCCAGAUGGCAGCACCUCAUGUUUACCUAGCUUUUGUACUUAUAUUAUUUUUCAGAGGAAAAAAUACUACUGUAAAUUGUAAAUAGAACAUAAUCCUAUUGUCUGCAGCUCUGUGACUGUUGGCCAUGUCAUCUCAGAGGAUCAGAUGAAUAAAGUUUAUUUCCUAUAUAAUA